CUUAAUGGAUUCUGUCCAAGUAGGUACUCCAAUGUGAGAUAGCAGCUGAUGAUGGAAACGAUGGGAUUGACACCAGAUCUAUCGGACAUUCCUUUGCCUCCAUGGGAUUGGCACCGGUUGUCACACUCAGGAACACCACCUGGAUUCGAACCAUCCACUUCCCCCUAGAAUCUUGGGUGGCACGGAAGACUGGAUUGCCGAAGUGAGCUUAGAUGCCUCGACAGAACUCCUGAGGGUUGUUACGUCAUUAUUGGACCUCACUAAAGCAUCUUUUGCAAACACCAAUCUUGGAGACCCUGUUUCGUCUUUUUUGAUGAGCAACCCUAGCCUGCUGAGUGAUGUCACCAAACUCCAUCUCGCAUCAUCACCGUGCUCACCUGAUAUCACUGUGCUUGGACUUGGGUACAACACAACAAAAACACAAGGAAUAAUCCUCGGGGUCACAACGGAUGCCUUCAGAAGUGACAGCAAUUCCACACAUUGGUACAAUGUCACAAACCAACUCUGCCAGGUUAUUACACCAAGCGGUUGUGAGGAGAUGACCUUGAUUGAUCUGAUCCUAACGGCGGAUCAGUCCCUGCUACUCCUGACUACCCAUGGCUUGUUCCUGGGCCAGCUACCUGCAACAGACCCACCAGUCUCCAGAGGGACUUCACUCCAACAUCAAGUCUCAUGGAGUCUAGUUGAAUUACCCAGCUCAAUCGUCUUUGCCUCAUUUCAUCUAUCCUACACACCGGUGUGUUACAACAGCUACAGUAAAUCCUCCACAGAACAAGUUGCCUAUGUUGCAAUGGUGAAUUCCAACGAGGUUGUUUAUGCAAGUUAUCCGACGUAUACCAACUGGACAGUUUCACCGUCAAACAGUCCAUUCAGUCAGCCUACAGACUUAGUAUACGACCACCACACGGAUAGCUUUGUAAUACUACAGAAGAAAGAGGGUAAUUACUCGGUCAUUGCCUUCAGUUCCGACCAGCUUUUUCAAGUCGGCACCGUUAAUCGUUCCCGUUUCCCGGCCUUUGAUGAGUUUCCUUCCACCUUCCAUCCAGCCCAGGGCAAGGCGCUCUGCUUCAGUCCAGCCACCCAUGAAGUCUUUGUCUAUGGAAAUCAGGUAAGCGGCAGAAUCUUUGUGAUUUGGGGUUUCUGGAGAGGAGUCGAGAGAUGA